AUGACUGUGGGGAGGCCUGCGGGAGCCCCCGGAGGCUCGGAAUGGGGCGAUCAGAUAUUUCCUCCCAAAUCCUCUUCAGACACAGAAGCAGAAGAGGAGUUGUCUGAGGACGUAUUGGUCUUGCCCAGGGCUGGCAAGCUUGAUGAGUUCCUUAGCCCAGAUGAGGAGACAGAGUCUACUUCUGACUCAGCUGGGAGCUUUUACAAGAGCCUAGAGGUACUCACCGAAGAAGGCAGGCACUGCCUGCUGCAAUCCCUUUAUCAGUCAGACUCAGACAGUGAUGGGAAGCUCUCUGAAGAGAAUGGGAACCUGGAGAGUGUCUUUCAAGACAAGGGCAGGGAGAAGCCACAGGUCUGGAGUCGCCAGUCUCUGAGGUAUGGCUCCACAAGGCGCUGCAGUUCCUUGAGCAGCCUCCCCUCAGACAGUCCCAGGGAUCAGCCUAGCCCGCCCCGUGUCUCUGGACCCUCCUCCCAGCACAGAAGCAUCAGCAGCUGGGCCUCGUCCAUCACUGUCCCCCAGCCAUUCCACAUGACUUUGCGUGAGGCUCGAAAGAAAGCCCAGAGGCUGGCCUCCCUCCCCUCCUUUGAGCAUGUGAGACAGCAGGCCCAGAGGCAGGGCCAGGAGGAGGCCGAAUGCCAUCGCCAGUUCCAGGCACAGCCUGUGCCUGCACACGUCUACCUACCCCUCUAUCAAGAGAUCCUGGAGCGCAGCGAGGCACGCAGGCGGGCUGGAGUCCAGCAGAGGAAGGAGCUGCUCCUCUCUUCCCUGAAGCCCUUCAGCUUCCUGGCAAAGGAGGAGCAACGAAAGGAAGCUGCGAGACAGAGGGACUUGGCCGCCACAGUUCUGACCAAGGUGCCCAAGCAGAAAGCCACCAAGAAGAUCCCCAAGUCUAUUCUGGAGCCAGCCCUCGGGGACAAACUCCAGGAAGCUGAGCUCUUCAGGAAAAUCCGCAUCCAGAUGAGGGCCUUGGACAUGCUCCGGAUGGCCUCCUCCCCGAUCCCCUCCUCUAGUAGCCGGGUGGACCCACAGUCUCGAACAGCCACCCGAACCCGGGAAGAGAAGCUGGGGUUUCUGCAGACUAACUUUGAAUUCCAGCCUCGGGUGAAUCCUACUGUCCCUGACUAUGAGGGCCUUUAUAAGGCCUUCCAGAGAAGAGCUGCCAAGAGACGGGAAACCAGAGAGGGGACGCACAACAAGCCCUUCUUGCUGAGAACGGCCAACCUGCGUCACACUCAGCGGCCUGGCAAUACAGACACCACUGGAGGGAGGAGGGACUCCCCACAGCCAGCCAGCCCUCCGCUGCCAAGGAGUCGUUCUCUGAGUGGUCUUGCUUCCCUCUCUGCCAACACCCUUCCUGUGCACAUCACAGACGCCACCAGGAAGAGGGAGUCUGCAGUCAGAAGUUCACUUGAAAAAAGGGACAAAGCAGAUGAGAGUAUUCAGUGGUUGGAAAUGCACAAGAAGAAGUGCCAAGCAAUGUCUAAAUCCGUGACCUUGCGUUCAAAAGCCUUGGAUCCACAUAAAAGUCUGGAGGAAGUGUUCAAAGCAAAGCUGAAAGAAAACCGGAAUAAUGACCGCAAGAGAGCAAAAGAAUAUAAGAAAGAAUUGGAGGAAAUGAAAAAGAGAAUACAAACAAGGCCCUAUCUCUUCGAACAAGUUACCAAGGACCUUGCCAGGAAAGCAGCAGAGCAGCGAUAUCGAGACACCCUGAAGCAGGCUGGGUUGGAUGAAGACUUUGUGAGGAGCCAGGGUCAAAGCACCGGAGCCAAAGAAAGGCAGGAGUCAGGAGUCACUGAUCCCUACAGGUCCAUCCAUGAAAUGACAAAACUCCAAAUACGGGAGCCACAGGAUUCAGAAGAAUCUCUAGAACUGCCUGCAGGCCUCAAGACAGACCUGGAGGAACUUUCUUUUGGAUCACUGAAUAAUCUCAAAUCAGUUGCUUCAUCAGUGCACUUAUAA